GGGAGUGAGCUUGUAGGCGCUGUUGUUAAAGUAGCAAGAUUCCUCCAGGGAACCGGAGAAGAUUGAGAUAGGUAGGAGACACGGAAAGCGUCACUCUUUGAGGGAAGGGUAUGGCCUCCAUGACAAGCGGCUCUCUCCGCUGUGCUUCGUCGCUGCGCUUGCAGUUGGCGGGCCCAGCUAGUCUUCAAAGGAUUCAGGACUUGCCACCCGGCAUCGUCGUUCCUAGCGCGUUGUGUCUGACGAGUGCUAGGGUGCAGAGGAGGGAACUGUCUGGUUCUGCUGCUUCAGACUUUGCGAACGGGGCCCAGUUGCUUCAAGAAAGCACAGAGAGGCCGAGGGAGGCCCAGCGCUCUUUUAUGGUGACGGCAAGGAAGUUUGGGUUGAUGGAGUUGAUGAAGCCAACCCGAGAGAGGGGCCCAGGAUCAAAGCGCCUGGAGCGAGGGCAGGUCUCCCCCACCCUAGUUGUCCCCCCCAACAUCCCCCGUCCCUCAUACGCUGAAAGCGGCGUCUCCCCCCCUUUUGAGGAGGACCACCUUCAGAUCCACGACGCAGAGGGCAUCAAGCGGAUGCGCGCGGCGGGGAAACUGGCGGCGGAGGUGCGGGACUAUGCGGGGACGCUCGUCAAGCCUGGUGUCACGACGGACUCCAUCGACAAGGCCGUGCAUAAGAUGAUCAUCGAAGCUGGCGCAUACCCUUCCCCCCUCAACUACGGCAGAUUUCCGAAGAGCGUUUGCACGUCUGUCAACGAGUGCAUAUGCCAUGGCAUACCGGACUCGAGACCACUGGAGGAUGGCGAUAUCAUCAACAUCGAUGUGACAGUCUUCCUGAAUGGCUACCACGGAGACACGUCCGCCACCUUCUUCUGCGGCAACGUUGCUCCGGAGGCCAGAAGAUUAGUGGCGGCUACGAAGGAGGCUUUGGACGCUGCGAUUGCCAUCUGUGCACCAGGGGUGCCGUACAACAAGAUUGGCAAGACGAUACAUGCCAUUGGUGACAAAUACAAGCUGGGCGUUGUGCAUCAGUACAUUGGCCAUGGAGUCGGGCAGAUCUUUCAUUCCGGCCCCACGAUCCUACAUAAUCGAAAUAACAAGCCUGGUGUUAUGGUGAAGAACCAAACGUUCACGAUAGAACCUAUGUUCACUUUGGGAGGAGUGCGGGACCGGGUGUGGAGCGACAACUGGACGUCCGUCACAGUGGACGGAAGUUGGAGUGCUCAGUUCGAGCAUACGCUAUUGAUUACUGACAACGGGGUCGAAAUUCUUACAGCCCCUUAAGAGUAACCUGCGUGUUGCUGGGUUUUCAGUUAGCCACUGAUUUAUGUUGCUUUUGCUCGGGAAGUGCAUACUAUGAUGAUAC